UAAUUAUAUUUGCGAUUCUCAUUCCAUCUGUAACAAAUCUCAAGGCACAAGAAGCAAACUGGAGCUCUAUAAGAAAAAAAAAGGCUGCGGAAGCGGUUCUAUACCAGAGGGAGAAAGAAGCUGAGGCUCAAAAAGCCAUUGCCGAGGCUGCAUUUUAUGCUCGUCAACAGGUUGCCGAAGGAGAAUUAUAUGCCAUGAAAAAAGAGGCUGAAGGAAUUAUGGUUCUUGCACAAGCCCAAGGCAUUUACAUACGCACCCUAAUGGACACAUUGGGAGGAAAUCAUGUGGCUCUGAGGGAUUACUUGAUGAUUAAUGGGGAACGUUUCAGGAAAUCGCAAAGAUCAACGCCAAUGCUGUGCAUGGAUUGCAGCCAAAAAUUAGCAUUUGGACGACGGGAGGUGAGGCAGCCGGUGGUGGUGGGAGUGCUGCCAUGA